AUGGCGUCGCGAUCAUUCAUGCCUCUGCGGAGGACAUUAACACAGUUCUCAGCUCGAAACGCUCUUGGCGUGGGCCGCAGUGCUGGGGGGCCAGCUCGGGGUUAUGCUACAGGAAAGGGCCCCAAGAGACAGCAAGAAUUUACCGUGUGGCGUCCUUACCUACGACUUGCCAUCGGCAUACCCUUCAUUGGCGCGAUCAUUUACUCCAUGGCCACCGGCGAAAUCACCGACCUUGACUCCCCGUCCAUUGUGGAGUUGGACGAGGCCCUGAAGCACUCAUCGUCCAUCACCGAGUCUUCCCCCAUGCGCCUUCGAAUGGAGAAGCUCAUCAAGGAUCACCAGCAAAAAAUUGUCGAGGAAUUGAGCAAAAUCGAUGGCAUGGAAUUCAAGCAAGACGUUUGGACACGUCCUAACGGUGGCGGUGGUAUUUCGUGCGUUUUGCAGGACGGCAAUGUCUUUGAGAAGGCGGGUGUGAACGUCUCCAUUGUCUAUGGCGAGUUGCCCCGGCCCGCUGUCGAAAAGAUGCGUGCCGAUCACAAGUCUUUCGUAGGCGCCGAUGUCGACUCGCUCAGUUUCUUUGCAGCUGGUCUGUCCCUUGUCUUGCACCCGCAUAACCCCAUGGCUCCCACCGUGCAUCUGAACUACCGUUACUUCGAGACUUCAGACCCCAAGGAUCCUAUCAGCGGUGACAAGAACUGGUGGUUCGGCGGUGGUACCGAUCUCACCCCGACCUACCUCUUCCCCGAGGAUGCCCAGCACUUCCACAAGACCAUCAAGGAUGUCUGUGAUCGCCACGAUGCGACCUACUACCCCAAGUUCAAGGCUUGGUGUGACAAGUACUUUUACCUACCCCACCGUGGAGAGUGCCGUGGUGUCGGUGGUAUCUUCUUCGAUGAUCUUGACGCCAACUUCCUCCAAUCCUCUUCCAGCUCAUCUUCCAACCCACAGGAGACCUUGUUCUCCUUUGUGUCGGAUGGCUUGGCUUCUUUCCUGCCAUCCUACGUGCCCAUCAUUGAACGCCGAAAGGAUAUGUCUUACACUCCUUCCCAGAAGGAAUGGCAACAGCUGCGCCGUGGACGCUAUGUCGAAUUCAAUCUGGUCUAUGACCGUGGCACAAGCUUCGGUUUGCGGACCCCUAACGCCCGUGUUGAGAGUAUCCUCAUGAGUCUCCCACGUACCGCCAGCUGGGCCUACAUGGACCCAGUGUCUGGCACGAGAACUGAAAGCAUGCAUGUUGAUGAAGAGGAUCUGGGUGAUGAUAAGACCAGCGAAAAAGAGAUCAUCGACGUUCUCAAACACCCCCGACAGUGGGCAUGA